AUGGAGGGAGACUUCCAGUUCCUCUUGUGCGCGCGGUGCCAGAGAGAAGCCAGGAACCCCAAACUCUUAGCCUGCCUGCACACCCUCUGCAGCGAAUGCCUUGAGGAGAACAAGCCCGCUGGGCAGUGUCCGGUCUGCGCCAUCCCCAUCCAGACCUCGGAGAGAUUUCCGCCUCAGGACAACCUGCUUUUCAUCAACCUCCAGGCCAAGCUCAACACCUACCAGAAGAUCGUCAGGAAUCAGGAGCUGCUUUGCAAUCUCUGCAAGGGAGGAGCGGAGUUCUGGUGUGUCGAGUGCGAGGAGUUCCUUUGCCUGAAGUGUUACGAAGCCCACCAGUGGUACAUGAAGCAGAAAAGCCACGAGACCCAGCAGCUGGCCGAUUUGAGGAAGGAGACGGCCCAGAGUUUUCUAGAAGGGGCAAGGAAGUCUUGCAACCUAUUUUGUGCCGAGCCCAGCCACAACAAUCAGAUCAUAAGCAUCUACUGUCGUGGCUGCCGCAAACCCAUGUGUUGCUCUUGUGCCCUGCUCGAUGGAGAACAUUACAACGCCAAGCUUUACAGUGACAUCCGGGUGGAAAUUGAGAGCCGGAAGGAGGAACUGAGCAGGGUCAAGAUGGAGCUGGUGGAGAAGAAGAGGAGUUACGAGAGCACCUACCACAACGUCCAGGAGCGACUGCAGAAGCUGGAGAAAGUACGGAACGAGACCCGAGAGCUGAUCCAGAAGAAGGUGAAGGACAUGGUCCAGUGGAUCCAGCACAAGGGGGAGGAACUUGUGGAGAAAGUGGACCGACGACUGUGUCUGGAGCAAGAAGAAACCAAGAAGAAGCUGGAGUCUACGGAGCAGUUCCUCAAGCGAAUGGAGGCCGGCGAGCGGCUGGUGGAGAAGAUGGACCUCUUUGCCUCGGACCAAGAGGUGAUGGACAUGCAGCCCUUCAUCAAAGACUCCCUGGAGAGGCUCAAGAAAGAGAAGCUGCCCGCUUCGAGCUUUCGGAUCCAAGUGGAGAACUUUGAUGAGGUCAAAGGGGAACUCCAAGAUCUGCUUAGGAGAGUCAAAGGAGAAGAUGCUUUUGGGUGUACAGUUUCCACGCCCGGAUCUUGCUGUUCGCUGGUCAAUUCGGAUAGUCUGCACAAUGAGAAAACUCCAUCCAGAUCCCAAGGGGUGAAAACACAAAGGCCCACAUACACCGUCAGCGUUGCCAAAACACCACAAGGUUUUACCACCUCGAUUACGUCGCCCAGUGCUAAGCGACCGAUCGCCCAGUUGGAGAAGUCCAUCCAGGCUUCACCCAAGCUGAUGAAGUUGGAAGAACAUGAGUGCAGCGCUCGUGUAGUCUCCAGCAAGCAAGUUCAGGAGAAGGUCCUCACGUCUCCACCCCUUUUGUUGCGUGAAUUGACCCCAGAGCAAGAGCAGAAAGAAGCUGCCAAAUUGUUUGGGCCCAGGGAAGACUCACCUUCUGGGAUCUAUGAAUCAGAGGUCGCCAGUAUUGUGAUCAGUAGUUCUGAAGACACUGAAGAUGACGCUAUGUGACGAUCUGCUUGUUCCAGACCGGUUUCCAGUAAGCUGAGCCUGACUUAGCAGUCGCACGAUGGAUGUGCAAUUGGCACUUUUCUCCUGUGCUUCUGCUAAUGACAUCCCUGAAGAGUGGACAGCUGCCUCAUAGCCCCAAUUCGGAGCUGUUGUUUCACUCCGGGGCCUUUGAAUCAUGGAAAAGGACUGUCUAUCUUUUUCCUUGCGCACAGUUUUAGCCAGCCUGUAAUUACAAGCACUGAAUCAUGCAUUGCUAAUCUUCUCCGGAUCCACAGGCCUUCCGUGGGGGGCACCGAACAAAAAUAUUUUAUCUCUCCGCUCAGCUUCUGAGUUUUGCUACCUGCCUGUUCUGCUAAGAGUUUCUUCCAAAUAAUCUUAGGGGGUUUUUUGCCUGCUUUAUAGCUCAGUAACUAGAGGAAUAAAAUGUGUGUGUGUGUGUGUGCGCUGCCUUGAAUUUUUUUGUAAAAAAUAAAUAAAAAGGAAAAUAAAUAAACAGGUUUUACAAGCUAAUUUCCCCCAAUAUGCUAAGCCCAAAGCAAAUAAAGCACAUUAUGACUGAC